GCUGCGCUUUAGUUUUUCAGAACCGUAUUUGAAUAAAUAGCCAGGCUCCUUGACCAACACCAUCAUUACUCGACGAGAUCCAGUAAAAUGAAGACUAUCGUGUGUGUCAGUUUGUUGGUAUGCUGCGUUGUGGUCGCAAACGCGCUGCCUGCGCCUGAGGCAGCAUCCGAAGAAACUACUACACAAGUGGUGGAAGAAAUCAAGCCUCUAGCGACAAGUGACGAUGUAUUGGAACCACAGGAAUCGAGAUGGGGUUGGGGAGGUCGCGGAUUCGGUGGCUACGGAGGCUACGGUGGCUACGGUGGAGGAUGGGGUCGCCCUAACUAUGGAUGGGGGCGCCCUCACUACGGUUACGGAGGCGGCGGUUUUGGUUUCGGAGGCGGCUAUGGUUACGGCGGGGGAUGGGGACGCUAAAAGUUUUUAAUGCUCUUAUCACUGUCCCGAUUAUAUUCCAUUUAUUUUUGUUGCAAUUGACCUGUGAUGUAUCGCCUCGAUGAACUAACCAUACAUAAUCAUUGUCAAGAUUAUCAUGUUCAAAUCAGUUCAUAAUAAAUAAACUUUUUUUACAAGAACAUGUAUUUUAAUAAAAAUACGUUUAUGUAAAAAU